UGUUUGAUAACAAGUUACAAGGCGUAACCAUCUUGGCUCCAGUUCCUUGGUCGUUCCCGUCAUAGUAAUUUUCCAAUUAAUUAAUCAUUUUAAAUCACUGUGCGUCAAAUACGUGAGGUUAUUUUCCAUCUAUCUGCCUUUAGCUCGUUUCUCAUUCGUAUCCCACCUCUGUAUCACACCGAGGCAGUUCCGCUCUUAUCAUCAGGCUCUUCUACAAGUAACUGUGACUGAUAACUACACUUCACCACUUCACCCCCUCGAAAAGUUGGACAAAAGUUAGUACUGAAGAAAUAUUCAGAAGUAACUCAAAGUGCAUUUCGACCUCUCACGCCUGAAAGACGUUUUUCAUUUGCUUCUCUUGGUGUAAUCUGAGGCAUUCUGGAAGCUAGGAUGGCCGGAAAAACGAUAACUUGUCGGGCUGCUGUGGCAUGGGCUGAAAAAGAACCUUUGAAGAUUGAAAUGGUGAAUGUAGCUCCCCCAAAAGCUGGAGAGGUCCGUGUCAAGAUCUGCUCAACAGCUUUGUGCCAUACUGACACUUACACCCUAGAUGGUCAUGACCCUGAAGGGCUUUUCCCUUGCAUCCUUGGGCAUGAGGGAGCAGGAAUUGUUGAAAGUGUUGGAGAAGGCGUUGAUUCAUUUGCAGAAGGAGAUCAUGUAGUGCCAUUGUACAUCCCUCAGUGCAGGGAAUGUAAAUUUUGUCGUUCGGAAAAAACUAACCUUUGCAGCAAAAUUCGUGUAACUCAGGGUAAAGGUGUAAUGCCAGAUGGCACAAGCAGAUUUUCUUGCAAUGGCAAAACCUUAUAUCAUUUUAUGGGUUGUUCUACCUUCAGUGAGUACACGGUUGUAGCGGAAAUUUCCCUUGCUAAGAUUGAACCAAAAGCUCCUUUGAGUAAAGUAUGCCUCCUAGGCUGUGGUAUUCCCACAGGUUAUGGUGCAGCUUUAAAUACGGCUAAGGUGGAACCAGGAAGCAACUGUGCUAUAUGGGGAUUAGGAGCUGUGGGUCUUGCUGUCGCAAUGGGAUGCCAGGCAGCUGGAGCCAAGAAUAUCAUAGGAAUCGAUGUGAAUCCAGACAAGUUUGAAGUUGCUAAACAGUUUGGUUGCACUGAAUGCAUCAACCCCAAAGAUUUUUCCAAAUCAAUUCAGGAAGUUCUCAUAGAGAAAACAGAUGGAGGACUUGAUUAUACCUUUGAGUGCAUUGGAAAUGUUUCUACAAUGCGAGCUGCUCUGGAAUCUUGUCACAAAGGAUGGGGUGUCUCAGUUAUCAUUGGCGUUGCAGGUGCAGGUCAAGAAAUUUCCACUCGUCCAUUCCAGCUAGUUACAGGUCGCACAUGGAAAGGAACGGCUUUUGGAGGAUGGAAGAGCAAGGACAGUGUACCUCGUCUUGUGGAGCAAUACCUGGCCAAGAAAUUGAAAUUAGAUGAAUUUAUCAGUCAUGAGCUGCCAUUUGAGAAAAUUAACGAAGCCAUUGAUUUAUUACAUUCCGGAAAAAGCAUUCGUGCGGUGGUCAAUUAUUGAGCUCCUUUGGCUCGUCCUGAAUUCCAGUACAAAAUAUCUGUCUUAUGCAUGAUGCUUGUAUUUUAAUUUUUAAGUUUUAGUCAAAUCAUUGUACCUUAUUUUGAUUUUGUACUUUUAUUGAUUCAAUAUAUUUUUCUUUUACCUCUCAA